AUGUGGCUUUUAACAUUGAAAAGUUUUCCACUUGCAAGCCAGGCGGCAUCUGGUGCCAUAGAAGCUUACCAUGUGAAGCUGAAAACAAAAUUGUUUGAUGAUUCACACCUCGGUGCACUUCUAAGAGUUGACUGGUUAGUGCACAAGCUGACAACAGAGUUGUAUUCAACAUAUUGGCUCAAUCGUUAUGCGGAUGAAAGUAAUUCCUUCCAGAAUGUUAAGGAAGAAUACAUUGCAUCUACGUCUUGGCACCGAGCACUGCAAAUUCCUGAUUCUGCUGUUACCUUGGAUGAUAAGUAUAACCUAUUUGCAAAGGUAGCAAGUCUGAAAGGCAGCAGCAUUACACACAUAGUAUGGAAUCCUGGAUCAGACUUUGCUUUCUGUGACUCUGCAUGGUCAAUGCAAGGCAAUUUUUGCAAGCAUGUCAUUAAGGUCAAUAUGAUGUGUGACAAUGAUAAAGCCUGCGAACCUUCCAUGUCAUCUCGAUCGUUCGGAGAGAUACCGAUGGAUCUUUGGAAGAAACCAAUGGAUGAUUCGAUCUUAUUAGAUGAGUCGGUUGCCUGGAGCCACCAGAUGCUUGAUCAAAUCAAACAACUUGUUGAACUGAACAGCUCAAAUGAUAUUGGCAUUGUGGUUAACAAUAUGCCAUUGAAAUGGAUUUCUAAGAAGGGCAGGAAAUUUGUUGGUAUACCAGCAUCUUUUCCAGCUCUUCCAUCUACUUCCAAGAGCAAUCUGCAGAAGAAGAAUAGAAAAUGGAAAAGAUUAUCAAGAUUAAGAUGA